AAUUGACACCAGGCAUGGUGCACUUCAUACGUCUGACAUAUUGAAGCCAGUGAUAAUGUCAUCAUCCCAGUGCUAUAACACGUCUCGUUCAGCAUUAAUUUUAUAUUUUGCAUUAUUUGUAUUCGUUGGCAAGUGCUCGGCCGGUAGACAAAGGAUAUGUGGAUCAGCAUUGACCGAUGUAUUGGCAUCGGUGUGUGUGAACGGUUUCAAUUAUCGCAUAAAAAGAUGUCUGGAAAUAGAAUAUGAAGCUUCAAAAACAUCACCGCCGGACGAUAGCUGGUAUUAUCGUGUUAAGGAUAUUCUACGUAAGCUUGAACCGCAAUCGAAUGAAAAUAACGGUAAAGUCUAUAUAGAAAUUAGUUCGCAUACGGAGACGACCCACAAGGUAGUAAUACGCAAACGCAGGCAAACGGAAAUAAUGCGUCCCCGUGGCGUUGCCGAUGAAUGCUGUACCAAUGGCUUUCCAUUGAUUGUCACCUCGGAUUUAAGCGAACCCAUACUUGAACCCAUAACACUUUGGUCGAAUAUAUUUCUAAAUGAAGAGGUAAAUUUUUUGGCAAAACUUCGUAGACGUCGCCGUGGUAUAGUCGAUGAAUGUUGCAGUAAGAAAGGUUGUUCGUACAAUGAAUUAUUAUCAUAUUGCCGAUUACAAAAUACCGAACAAGAAAUUGACCGAAGCAGUUUGUAA